AUGGCUGUUGCACCUAACAACAAGGCAAUUUUAGAAGUGAUCACAAAUUCAGCAUUAAAGGAUGCCAAAAAGACUUUUGAUGAUUGGGCAAAAACUUAUGAAGAGGUAUGUUGUACUUUUUAGAAAAAUUAAAGAGGCUCUCUUAGGGGGUGUAUGUAUGUCCCUAGUCUGAAUUUGAAAUAUGGUCAUUUCGCACUUUGAGGCGUAGGCCAUGUCCCUGUCGGUAAUUAACCCAUCUCAGUAUACCAUUUAUUGCCAUUUCAUCUAAUCUUAUGGCACUGUCUCAAGGUCAUGUUGCUGGUCAAUUUCACCCUAACAGCUCCAAAAGUCAGAACUGGCUGGCCGGACCACUGCCAGACUGGUCGUUUUGAAAAUGAAAUAGGCUUUUUGCAAAGAGUUUUUGCUAAAAAACCAUCUCCUUCGUGCAUACUAUUUAGGAUCUGACUGAUCUAGCUAGAUAGUUUUGUUUAAAAGUGAAAUUUUCAUUACGAUGGGAAUGACUUGACUGGUCAGUUCUGACAAAUGGAAGGCACCCUUACUCUUACCAAUGCCAUGAAUACCACCCACUACAAGUAGAAGUUUUAUUCUGAUUACUCAUUGGCUUAAAGGGUUAAUAUUAUAAUUGAUUGUCACUCUACCCAUGCCAGUAGCCAGUAGCCUAGCUUUUUUAAAGAACAAAAGGUAAUCUACUUGUACAGAGAUACCAACCUCUGGAGAUCUCAAAUCUGGAGACUUUUGCUCCUGUUCCUAAAUAUAUAUACACCACCCCAUCCCCAACCCCUACUCAAUACUAAUAGACACAAUCCCCAUCAAUGAUAAGAUGGGUAUGCUUUAAAGGACAUUAUAAUCACUUACUUUGAUGUGAAGUAAAGAGACCAUCAAAAGUGGUGUCCAAGACUGUAAUGAGGCAAAAUAAACUUAGUAAACAGUCAAAACCUGCUUAAAGGACACCCGCUUAAGACAGACACCUUUUUAUUAUAGACAGUUUGCUUUGUCCUUGGGGAAAGAAAGAAAGCCCUUACAUUUUCUCUAAAUUCAACCCUUUUUAACCCUUUAAGCCCCAGUAUCCACAAACAAAUUCUCCAAACUGAUCUCCAUACAUUUCCUUCACGAAUAAGUUGAGAGAAUUUGAUAAAAGAUCAAAGCAUUUUUACUUGGGUGAUCAUUUUAAUAAUUCUCAUAACUUAUCUGUUGACAGUGUAUGGAUAUUGUUAGGAGAAAAUAGAUCUUGGUCACUAUUGGGACUUAAAGGGUUAAUAAUAUGGACACCCAGUCAAUAGGGACACUUUCUGUGGCCUCCUCAGUGUUCGUAUUAAUGGGGUUUGACUGUAAUAGUGAUGAAAUAGUUUUGCUAUAAUACUGUCUAUACUAUUUUUUUUUUUACCUUUUAGGAUACAAACAAACUUGGUUACAAAGGGCAUGUCCUGUGUGUUGAGGCUUUCAAUAAAGCCAUGUGGUCUAAAGACAUUUUCCCUGAAGCUAACAAGGAUAUCAAAAUCCUUGAUGCUGGGGCCGGCACAGGAAUCAUUGGUGAAAUGCUGGUGCAGCAAGGUUAUAGGAACAUUGACGCGUUGGACAUUUCUGAAGAAAUGUUGAAUUUAGCAAAACAGAGGAAUGUUUACAAGCGAUAUAUCUGUGCUGCAUUGAGUGACAUCCCCAUUGAUGACAUACAGACUGGCGAGUAUGAUGUAACACUGUGUGCAGGUACUAUAGUCUAUGGACAAGCAAAGCCGGUAGCGCUGGAUGAGUGUGUCCGUCAUGUAAGACCAGGUAAUACAAGAAUGUCUCUCUUUGCUUCUUGUCACUAGGGACAUCACAUCCCUAGUGGCAAGGAGUGGGGGAGAUUGCUGUUUUUGUUGGUUAGAAUACAUUAGGCUCUCAACAGGCCAUUGAAAACCUACUUUAGGUAGAGAGGAGGAAGUGGAGUUGACCUUCACAUGGCUCAGAUCAUGACUAUAUCAUGACUAAGAAAAUAGUAAUGGUUUUGUAUCCAGAAGAAACCUAAAAACUGCUAAAUACAUUGACCAACGGUUCCUCCAGUCUUGAAGUCUUGAAAUUUACAAAGCAGUUUUGCAGGCCUGGACAUAGUUUGCAAUGUCCGCCAUCUCCGCCCAUCACGAUCUGCCCCGUGCUUCCCACGGGUUACCACUUAGGGGGUGGAGAAAGCUGACAUUUCAAACUAACCUGGAGACGGUCUUGAAAAUAAAGAUUUUUUUUAUAGUAAAAUUUUAUUUAAAUGUAAUCUUGUCUGUACCCAAAACAUUUAAUCACAGAAUGAGAAGUUUCAGAACUCACUGCGUAUGCCGGCACUGUUCCUUUUUUAAACACUAUGUUUGCAAUGCAUCAUGGAAAAAGUUCUGUUGACUGAUGUUUUCUGUCAAUCACUAGUUUAAUCACCUUGUCUCUGAAAAAAAAAUUUUUUUAUUUCGAAAAAAAGUGUGGAAAAUAUUGCCUAAAGUGGGCUAGGCAUUCAUUUUCCACCAACUUUUUGUCCAGCAUGGUUUUUAAUCUUCUGUUGCUGGUCUUUCCCUAGGUGGUCUAUUUAUUUUUUCCAUACGUGCAGACUCAUUUGAUCCUGUUGAACUUGGUUACCGCACCAAAUUUGAGGAAAUGGAGAAAGCAGGAAGAUGGAGUCUCGUAAACAGAGAGCAGCGAGAACUAUACACCCAUCCCCAUAAUGAGAGCAUUAGGAACUGUUACUUGAUCACUUACAAAGUGCUCAAGAACUGA